UAUAUUGGGUACAACAAACAAAUAAGAGAUUUUCGACGUGGAUAUUUGAUUCCUAUCAAUCAAAUGAAUUUCGAUUACCUCGUAGAAGAAAUCGAUUCCGAAGUGGAAUGCUCACAACCUUUGGGCCCCCAAAGAGAUAAAGUGUUUAAACCAAAUUCUUACAAUCUCGUUUGCGCUCCUCCAGCAGAACUAUCAGAAAUUGUGGUACCGUCACCAUCGUCUGGCGGCCAUGCAGAUAUAAUCCAGAAGCUGGAUGCUAUUGAGACCCGUCUCACUGCCAUUGAGAAGUCCCUAACAGACAAAAUGCCAGAGAAGGCCGAGGUGCAGGCGCACAGUAAAUUAUUGCGCGAAUGCCGCGUCAUUGCGGCAAAGACGCACCAUUCAAUUAGCCGCAUCACCGGUGAUUUGGAGGACGAGCAUUACGUGGAGCUCGCUUCGAAACUGCCCAUGUCAUCGGAAGAGCACGUGCGCUUCGUGGAAGACAAACUUUCCCAAAAGGAAAGCACGGAUGCUAUGAUGCGGCUAAUAUUGAAAUCAAAGGGCGCAAAAGGCAGUGUGGACGGCGUACUUCGUGGUUUGUUUUCAGACGAUGUAAUGUACCAUUACAAUUUAGAGGGGCGCAAGGAGAAGAAACCCCUACUAAAACUAAAGUGCGUAGGGUUAGUUUUUGAUAUAUUUCCUGACAAGGAUAAAAGCAGUAUAUGUGGGGAGCUCCGGAGAUUUGUGGCCUUAAGCCACAAUCGUUAUAAACAGAAGAAACAUAAACUAAGGGCUAAACUAAUAUAAGUUUUAUUAUUAUUACUUAUAUAUAUUAGUGUUAAGUUGUAAAUAUUAGUUUUAAGUUGUACAUAUUAGUUUUAAGUUGUAAAUAUAAGUUUUAAGUUGUACAUAUUAGUUUUAAGU